AUGAUCGAGCCAAUGGCAAGUAAUGAAUCAGAUGACCCAGAAAAGCCUUUUUUCAAAGAUGCCCCCCAUGCGUUGGAGGAGCAUAGUAGUGCCAGCUCGCAGAGGCGGGCCGACAUCGAUGGGCUGCGUGCUGUGGCGGUGCUUUCUGUCAUCGCUUUCCAUUUCAAUCCGACGUGGCUUCCAGGUGGAUUCACCGGGGUCGAUAUAUUCUUCACCAUCUCGGGCUAUGUCAACACAGCUUCGCUUAUUCAUGGCGACCUGCCGUUGUGCGAUAAAACGUUUGCGUUUUUUGGCAGGCGAAUGUGGCGCUUGGUUCCUGCUCUUAUGGCGACUGUGCUCACAACCGCGGUCUUCACCAACAUCUUCACGCCAACGUAUGUUUCAGACUUGACCGGCUACUAUACGGCAGGCGUGCUCGGGCUUUUCGGUUUGGCCAACAAUUAUUUUGCGAGCCUUCAGCUCGAUUAUUUCGAGCGGGGACAUAAGAAUUUGGCCCUAAAUCCCUUCACUCACUUGUGGUCCCUGGGCGUGGAGGAGCAAUUCUAUAUACUCUUUCCCUUCGUGCUUGGCUACGCACAGAAGUUGAGCGCAAACCGGUCGCCACUGAUCGUGCUUAUAGUUUUUUCGGUAAUUUCUGCAACGGUUUCUUGCAUAAUUUCCAACGUUAACACUCAAGUGGCUUUCUAUACGUUGCCAUCAAGGUUUUGGGAGUUGUCUUUCGGCUCCUGCGCAUUUUAUAUACCAGCAUCAAUGGAUGCAUUUUAUGGUUGCAGCAUUGCCACUGGAUCGAUUAAUUCUUCACCCCUCCCAGGGAUAGAAAAAAAGGAGUUUCGACAAGCGUGA